AUGGAAACUUUUUGGAAAGCUGUCAGUCGCAAGAAACCUAACAACGACGAUGGAAGCCAUUCGAAGCUAGCACGCGUACUUACACUGCUCGACCUAACCGGGCUCGGUGUGGGCAGUACGCUCGGGCUGGGAGCCUACGUACUGGCUGGGUCCGUUGCGUACGAGCAGGCUGGACCGGGUGUGGUAAUUUCCUUCGUAAUUGCAGCGUUAGCGGCCGCCAUUGCCGGGCUGUGCUAUGCCGAGUUUGCAUCACGCGUACCGAAAGCUGGCUCAGCGUACAUCUACACCUACAUUACGAUCGGUGAGUUUGCAGCGUUCACGAUCGGAUGGAAUUUGAUGCUGGAGUAUAUAAUAGGCACGGCAAGUGUUGCGAGAGGCUUGAGCGGCUACAUCGACGCACUGAUCGACCAUCGAAUGGGCAACGCGAUCAAGGAUGUGGUCCAGAUGAAGGUUAGCUUUCUGGCAGAGUAUCCGGACAUUUUUUCCUUCCUGGUUGUGCUAGUGAUCACGGCCCUAUUAGCGUACGGUGUGAAAGAGUCAACGCUACUAAACAAUCUCUUCACCGGUGUGAAUCUCAUCGUCAUUGCGGUUGUGUUGGUGUCCGUUGGCAUUAAGGCCGAUCCGGCCAACUGGGCUAUUCAACCGAAUGAUCCAGGCGUACCGGCCGGUAUUGACAUCGGCACCGGAGGAUUUCUGCCGUACGGUAUUGCGGGCGUCAUGGCUGGAGCGGCCAAAUGUUUCUACGGCUACGUCGGUUUCGACUGUAUCGCUACAACCGGCGAGGAGGCACAGAACCCUUCUCGAAACAUUCCACUAGCCAUCAUUACGUCCCUGAUCAUCAUCUUCCUAUCGUACUUUGGUGUGGCAACCGUACUAACGAUGGCACUACCGUACUAUCUACAAAACCCGAUUGCUCCCUUCCCGCGACUCUUCGACUAUCUUGGGUGGCAGGAGAUCAAAUGGAUCGUAUCGAUCGGUGCCAUCUUUUCGCUCUGCACCAACUCACUCGGAGCGAUGUUUCCGCUGCCACGCGUACUGUACGCCAUGUCCUCGGAUGGGCUCAUCUUCAAGCAGCUGCGAACCGUCCAUCCCAAAACCAAAACUCCACUUCUAGCCACAAUUCUUUCCGGCCUUUUCUCCGGCACAAUGGCGAUGCUGUUCAAUCUGCACCAGCUGAUCGAUAUGAUGUCGAUCGGAACACUGCUGGCCUACACGAUCGUCGCCGUAAGUGUGUUGGUGUUGCGUUACGAGCAAAACACCAACUUUAUCGUCAGCACACAAACUAAAUCGUCCACGGUGGUGAAGCAGCUGUUCAACCUAACCUGCUUGACGGUUCCGAGCAGUUUGUCGUCCGAUAUUGUGAAGGUGUGCGUGCUUAUCUACGCGAUCGCUAUCAGUGUGAUCAGUUCGAUUCUAGUGCACGCACAGACACAUCUCAACAGCUACAAUCCACUUAUAUGCACCCUGCUAGCGGCUAUGGCUAUUAUAGCAAUACUACUAACGCUCAUCAUAUCCUGCCAGCCGACAGAGGAGCGACAGCUUACCUUCCGUGUACCGUUCGUCCCGUUUGUUCCUCUGCUCAGCAUCUUUGUGAAUGUUUACCUCAUGUUCCAGCUGGACGCUGCAACCUGGGUACGGUUUUUGGUGUGGCUGCUUGUGGGCUUUAUCAUUUACUUUUCCUACGGCAUUCGCCAUUCCGUGCAAGGAUCCGGCAGUCAAACGCUUUCGGAAAGUCAGCUAGAUAUACCAUUCGCCAUGUUUGCGACAGUGAAGCUGUAG